UGGAGGAUUAUUUGGAAAAGCCACAAGUUGCUAGUGUACUGUACAACACUCCUCCUUACAGCUGGUUUGUCUUCGUCUCCAGGAAAUCAGUUGAAACCUGUUCCGAGCAAAAUGGCUGCAAUAUGCUGCGUUUAACCCUCGAGGAUUUUCAGACGCGCCGCUCGGAAAGUCGCAUGGUGUUCGCCACAGUUGAAGAGUCGAAUGGGAUUUUUGUGAGUGUGAGUGAUCGCUGGCGAGCUCUAGGCCCUUCAGUGAUGCCUCGGACCGUCGUGAGAUCCUGAGCCGAUCAGAGCUCCGCUUUACAGAGCUGGAUACUCCGCGUACUCCAGGAAGAGAGAAACCUGGCCACUGAGUUUAUGAGCAGCCUGGAGAGAGACAGGGAAUCAUGCUGCCUCCGUCAAGAAGGGAUUUUGUAUCUCUGACUCUCAGCGAAAGUGGCAGCUACACCAACAGCAAGCAAUGGCGGCGGCAGUCGUGCUGGAGAAAAUGGAAACAGCUGUCCAGAUUGCAGCGCAGCCUGAUCCUGUUUACACUCAUGCUGUUGUUGGUUUGUGGAAUUGCCACAUCUCCCACUCUUAUAGGGCACUGGAGAGAUGGUGUGGUAGCGGAGAACGAGAAUGAUGGAAAACAGCCAUUUGUCGUCAACCUGAAAAAUGAGUACAAGUCCAUUCUUCACGAGCCACCCUCUGAGAAAAAGGACUACCGUAGACGUGGACCUCCUGUCUUUCAGAACCGUUUUCAAACCAAAACAAAUGUUUCGAGUCUGUUGGGAGUAGAAAAUCAGGAACUGGACCUGAAGAAUGCAGAUAAAGGAUCUGAAGGAGGAAAGCCAAUCAUUAGUUGGCGUGGAGCUGUGAUAGAAGAAGAACAGGCAUCUGAUACUGACACCAAAGACACAGAAAUCCAAGACGACGCAGCUUCAUUAGCACUUGCUGAGAGCAGAUUGGAGACUGUAAGGGAAGCCUUAAGACAUGCCUGGAAGGGUUACAAGAACUUUGCUUGGGGUCACGAUGAGCUAAAACCAAUCUCUAAAUCAUAUGGAGAGUGGUUUGGACUUGGGCUGACCCUAAUUGAUGCUCUGGACACCAUGUGGAUCUUGGGUCUCAAAGAGGAGUUUGCAGAGGCCAGGGAGUGGGUGGCCAAAGAGCUCUCCUUCGAUAAGAACGUGGAUGUUAAUCUGUUUGAGAGCACCAUUCGUAUACUGGGUGGCCUUCUGAGUACUUACCAUCUCACCGGAGACUCCUUGUUCCUGGAAAAAGCUAAAGAUAUUGGCUCCAGACUGAUGCCCGCCUUUACCACUGCCUCAAAAAUCCCCUAUUCGGAUGUGAAUAUAGGCAAGGGGACGGCUCAUCCACCGCAGUGGACUUCAGACAGUACCGUAGCUGAGGUCACCAGCAUUCAGCUAGAAUUCAGAGAGCUCAGUCGACUUACCGGAGACCCCAAAUACAAGCUGGCUGUAAUGGAGGUGAUGAAGCAGGUGCAUAAUUUGGAUGGAAAGCAAGAUGGGUUAGUGCCGAUGUUUAUCAAUACCAACAACGGGCUGUUCACGCAUCAGGGCACUUACACAUUGGGCGCCAGGGCUGACAGCUACUACGAGUACCUACUGAAGCAGUGGAUACAAGGAGGCGAGACUGAGAAUGAAUUGCUGGAUGACUACCUCCUGGCUGUGGAAGGUGUGAAGAAAAACCUCCUGAAAAAGUCCACUCCUUCUGGCCUUACAUUUGUAGGAGAACUGUCCCAUGGCCACUUCAGUCCCAAAAUGGACCACUUGGUUUGUUUCCUGCCUGGCACACUUGCACUUGGGGCACAUUACGGCCUUCCUGCUGAUCACAUGGAGCUGGCAAAACAGCUGAUAGAGACUUGCUACCAGAUGUACGCCCAGAUGGAGACGGGUCUGAGCCCGGAGAUAGCUCAUUUCAACAUGCAUGAGAGCAGCACACAGGAUGUAGAUGUAAAGAUUGCAGACCGACACAACCUUCAAGUGCCAGAGACUGUAGAGAGCCUCUUCUACAUGUACAGGUUCACUAAGGAUAAGAAGUACCAGCAGUGGGGCUGGGAGAUCCUUCAGAACUUCAAUAAGUACACAAGGGUUCCCACCGGAGGUUAUACGUCUAUAAACAACGUUCGUGACCCAGCCAAUCCCAAUCCUCGAGACAAGAUGGAGAGCUUCUUCCUGGGUGAGACACUCAAGUACUUCUACCUGCUGUUUUCCAAUGACUCAGACCUUAUCAGCUUAGACAAGUACAUCUUCAACACUGAAGCCCAUCCUCUGCCAAUAUGGCCACAAGCAGAGUGAAGCACCCGCGAGCGCACGUGCAUAACCAAACACACCUCUCUCAGGGCCAUGAACACAUUUGAUAUCCAAACUGCCAUGUUUUUCUACACUAUGAACUCUUUGUAAUCGAAAGUAACUAACUGGUGAAAAAAAAGUUAAAAUAGCCAUGACAGAAACUGUUUGUAGAUGUGUAGUUUCUGAUUGUACUAGUUAUCUGUAUGUUUCUAUUAAUAGAGUUUCUGAAUUUUUUACUCUAUUUAUGCUAUCGUGAUGCUGUCGAUCAGCUAUUGAAUCAUUAUGUGCAGUCUUUUAGCCCAAGCACACGGACAAAAAUGUUCAUACUGUGAAACCGUAUGGGGACUGCAAGCACUUUAUGGUGUGUUUUGAGGUUUUAGUGU